GCUAUCAACACCUAGUUUACAGCUACAUUAAAGUAAACCAAAGUUUGGGGAAUUUAUAAUGCCAUCUCACCAGUUAUCAAGGAAUGUUACCUAUAUGCAGUUAUUCUAGCCAGCAAGCUAGCUAGCCAGUUAACGUUAACUAUUUAGCCAACAUGCUAUUAGCCUAGCCAGCUUAGCCAACUAUCGCAGUUAUGGUCAGCAAGCUAGAGCCCAACUACUGGAGACCAGGGACAACACAACUAACAAAACACAACUUAAACAUAACCGCAGAUCAAAAGCAAAGAGAGUGCAGACUGAGUUAGCUACUGUACCAAAGUGAAGGGGUGGCGCUUCACAGGGCUGAAAUCCAAAAUAGAUAGAUUCAAGAUGUCGGACCGCUAGCGGCUAGCACUAAGCCAAGGUGGAAAAAGUUACAUGACUCCCGUAGCCUACUUCACAGAGAACAUGAAAAAAGGUUAACAAAACAAAAAGGAGAACAGACGAGGUACUACAGUACACAAUUAGAGCAAGUGGACUGUGUUGCAGAGUACUACUGUUGUCCUAUCAGAGAAGGCCGUCCCUGACCUUAGGACAGAGAACAGUGUUGUCUCCGACGGAGCCGAAACAGUCAGCAUCUACAGUGAGGAGACCUACAAUGGCAAUGUUACCCCGAGAUAGCAUCAGACAGGCAGACAGUAUAUGAAAGAGUUCUACCUGGCGAACUACAAGAGCCUGUGUGCCGAGAUCGAUGACAUCAGCGACCAGAUGCAAAAACUGAGCCAAGAGCUGGACACCCUGGAGGAUGGGACGAUGAAGUACCAGGUGCAGGGAGUGGCUGAUGAAUACAACCGGACUAAAGGACCUAAAGCGGUUCGACAAAAGACACCAACUCAUGCUCUCAUGGAAUAUCGUAUGAUGGUGACAACAGGACCUGAGCCCUAGGACCAUGCCUCAGGACUACCUGGUAUGAUGACUCCUUGCUGUCCCCAGUCCACCUGGCCGUGCUGCUGCUCCAGUUUCAGCUGUUCUGCCUGCGGCUAUG